AUGACGCGACCAGAAAUUAUACGCGCAGACUCGAUUGAUCUGCAAGAUCAAAAUGCCCCGUCCGCGCAGGAACACCUACGAGCCAAUCCAAAUCCUCUAGGUGGUGGCCAUGCAGCUCAUCAAGCAGAGACGUUGCGCGAAGUAGCAGCGGAGACAGCAGAUCAGAAGCACCGAAGCCCCAGGGUAUCGAAGGAAUGGUCCAAUAGCGAGGUGCAGCAAUUAGAACAAUACGGGGACGAUGAAUUGGCUGCCGGCGUCACCUCCAAAUUGAACGAGUCCAAUCUUCAGCAACAAGAUAAUUUAGCAGUUGCACAGAACGGCGGUAUGACAGGGUCGACUGCUGAAGAUGCAGAAAUGGCAGAUGCCGAAGGCGACGAUGAUAUGGAUGAUGAUGAUAUGAUGGACAAGAUCUCAAGCUCUCCGUCAAUCGACGAUGGUGGGUGGCCCCUUCUACCUCUUUGGCCUCAAAGGUCUACUUCUCUCGCGAACACUCCAACUCCAACUCCAACAAAGUCUCGGUCAUUUCUACAAGCGUGCGUUGAAAGUUCAUCACCAUUUGUGGAGACUCCUGAGCAUUUCCCAAUACAGCUAUGGCUUUUGCCGCGCGACACUAGCCUGACUCAAGGUAGUCAGGCCCUGCAUACUCAUCAUCUUCUGGGUAAGUAUCUGGACGACGACGCAGCCGAUACCAGAUUCAGCGACGCUUCACAGUAUCCGGAUCCCUUCAUCACCCCGGAUUCCUCGUUUGAUCUGGCCUACUACUCUGAGGGACCUUAUGACAGUGGUCUUGAAUUCCCGUCUCAUGUCUACGACAUAGAGUCUCCCAAGGAGCCCCGUGAAAACAGCUUGAGUUGCCAGAGCCAACCAACAAUACCAUACGAAGACGGGUUGACAUUCCCCUACGAGGAAGACUCUGAAGAAGAUGAUGAUUAUGAAAUUCCUGAUUUGACUGACUCUAGACUUAUUGACUCGGGAUGGGGUGGAGAAUGCUUACAAAUUUCAGAGGACAUCGAUUUCGAAUUCGUUUACGCGCUCCACACAUUCGUUGCGACGGUCGAGGGACAAGCAAAUGCUACAAAGGGCGAUACGAUGGUGCUUCUAGACGAUAGUAACAGCUAUUGGUGGCUUGUGAGGGUGGUGAAGGACAGCAGUAUUGGAUACUUACCAGCAGAACACAUCGAAACACCAACAGAACGGUUAGCACGUCUGAAUAAACAUAGGAACAUUGAUCUCACAUCUACGAUGUUGGGAGACCAAGCCGACAAGCCUAAAAAUCCCCUGAAAAAGGCCAUCAAGAGACGAAACGCCAAGACGGUCACAUUCACAGCACCUACCUAUGUAGAAGCCUCAGAUAUCGAUUACUCAACUGAAGAGGAAGACGGAGAAGAUAACUACUUUGCUCAGAACGGUCAACAGGAACAUGACGAAGAGAAGCGAGAUUUAGAAGAGGAACAAGACGAAAUCACCGCAAUCGAACCUUUGAAGCCACGCGCUGAACUACGAGAAGUUAAACCUGACUCCGACGAUCCUGAGACUGCACGUGCAGACCAGGCUGCUAAUGGUGCUCUGGAUGGCGUGCGUACCAGCGAUGAAAUCUUUGAUGCAAAUGGAAAACCGGAGAGCAAGUCUAGAAAUGGCACAGUAAGAAACACCGAUUCAUUCUUCAAGGAUGAUUCGGUAGAGACGAGAAAAAUAACACUUACGCCGAAUUUGCUUCGCGACGAUUCCAGUACAUCAACAGUGCGAACAUCUAAUGAUUCUAAGGAGUUGAAACCGCGGCCUAGUCUGGACAAGCUAGAAAAGGACUCUAGCGCGGACAAGGUCAAAGACAAGAAGGACAAGAAGGAGAAGAAGGAGAAAGAAAAGAAACCUGGCAUGCUAAGCGGUCUGUUCAAAAGGAAGGAAAGGAAGUCAAAAACCUCCAUCGAUGAGGAAGUUGACGAAUUGAUGGCCAGUAAACGGUCGGGAGAGAACCCACGGGGAUCUCCUGUUCCGAGCAAAGACUCGGAUGAUGUGGUCUCUAUCGAGGAGCCGAGUCAAGCGCCAGAAGCGCAAAGGAACCAUAGUAAGCUGCAAAAGCAACCGCGGGUGGAAAUGUCGCCAAAUCGGAAAGCAAGCCCCGGGAAAGAGCCACGGGCUAUGGGGCCGCAACAAGCUCCUGCACCCGAUCGAGCGCCGCCUGCUGAAUCUGUCGAAGCCCCUUCAAUGCGACUGGUACAAGCUGAACCGGCUGCAGCGCCCAAACAGCAAGUUCGGAUGAUAACUCCCGAACUCAACAGGAGUCCUGCGCCUAUCCUUGCUGCGCCCAAGGAGCAGAAAGCCCCGAGCACCAUCUCGAAGAUGCUUAGGUCCGCAGGUUCAAGCAAUUCGGAGCCCAAACCUAUCAAAACGAAGAAGGCCAAAUCUCGUGUUGAAUUAGAUGAUUUCGACUCGUCCCCAGAAGAUUCGGCUACUGACGAACCUGCCUCCGCACCGAGCAGACAAGCUCCCCAGCGUCCAAUUCCAGGCAGCUUCCCGGAUAGCUACAUAGCAACUCCCGCGAGUGAGAGACCUGAUCCAGUGGAAGAGAGGUUAUCAGAGUCGCCUGUACAGGUGUCACCGAUUACACCAGUGCAGUCAUAUCCACCGCCUCUUAUGGUCGAUACCUCGAGUCAAGAGGAGGCACCGUCACCACAGUCUUCGCCUUCGCCAGAGCUCAUCGAUGCCGAUGAUGCUCAGGAAAAGAAGGGUGGAAGCUCUACAACCUCCGCAUCAACUUCAACGUGGAGUGAUGCACACCUUCGAACCUUCUUUGACGACGAUGCGGAUAUCAAAGAUCUGCUGGUUGUCGUAUAUGACAAGUCAGGUGUGGCCCCUGCUGGUCCGGAUCAUCCAAUUACUGGAAAUCUAUUCAGAGAUGAGAACGCCAAAUUGGCGGAUAUAACAAACCGUCUGGAUGGUAUGCUUGGGGACUGGUUGGCCCGCAAGAUGAGGGCCCAGGGCUCGUCAAGGUAG